CUGAGAGCACCAGGAUUAAAGGACGCUGCUGGCGGCGUCCGAAUUAAUCUACAACAAAGAAAAACGAGAUGGUGGAACAAACAAGGCAGCCGAGUCAUGUGGUCUCCCUCCAGGCUGGACCUGGUGAGGUUGCGACCAGUACCCAGUUUGACAUGAAUCUCAGGGUUAAUGACAGGGCUAUACGAGCCAUUGGGCGACAGUUGGCUGUGAUUGGAGACCAGUUGGACCUGGAGUGGGUGAACAGACACCCAAACUUGCUACCAGCUCCUCUCCACAUGCUGAGACCAGCUCAGGCACUGACCAGGACCAUCUAUCGGGAUAUCCAGAGUCAGAUAUGGGGCUUUCAGGGCCUGUCUGCGGCAGCGAAGGCCUGGAUAGAGAGCACUGUUCCUGGGCAGGGGAUCUUCAGAGUGGAUUCAUGGGUGUCCAGUUUGAAACCAGUAACCUGCGCUGGCUGGACCAGAGGAGCACUGGUGACGGUGGCACUUGUGGCUGCAGUGUCUGUUCUGGGAGCACUAUGGGUGGAAUGGAAAAGGCCAUGAGCAGGGCCAUUUUUACUGAAAUUAUGUUUGCAAUUGAGUGAUAAUCAUCUCUUUUCUAACUGCUGUUUACUUUCGUGUAUUUUCUUUUUUUGCCGUUUUUGUGAGCGGUGUUGAAUUUGAUACUAAAUAAUGGGGAACAGGACUUUUGAAGCAUCUUUAUAAAUUAGUCAUUUUUAUGUUGAAAUGGUUUAAAUUGGUUAACAGUGUUGCCUGAGGAGUUCGCCAGCAUAUUGUAGCAGUGACAUGGAGGUUCACAGUUGUAUUAACGUAAAAGAAAAGCCUGUUAUAAUGACUGGACUGUUGCUGGUUUGCAGUCUUUUGUAUGCAGAUGAGUUUCUUACUGAAUUAAAA